AUGGAGAAUCAGCCGCCCUUCGUCAGCAGAGGCGCGCCCGCAGCGUUUCCGCCGGCGGGACCUGUUUCGUGGGCGCAGGCUGUAGCCGGGGGCGGCGGGGUGACUGGGGGAGGCGCGGUGACCGGGGGAAGCGCGCAGGCUGUAGCCGGGGGAGGCGGAUUUGCGCCCAGCAUAGUAUGGGGGGGAGGCGGGAGGUCGCAGCAGCAGCAACCGGCGAGCAAGUACGUUUAUCAUCGCCGCAUCGUCGCUUCACUGUCACCUCGUCGUCGUGUCGCGUCACCGCCCAGUGCGCGCUCUCCUUUCCAUAGUCCCCCGCGCAUGGCCCCCUCUCGCACGUGCGCGGCGCUCGGUCCCGCCUUUUCUUCUCCCCGAGGUCGGCUUGAUCCACCGUCUUGUCCGGCCGUUCCCUACGGCCUCCUCCUUCGCUCCUACCCCCUCCUCCUCUCAACCAUCUCCUUCCCUCGCCUGCUCCCCAUUCCCUCCCCUGCUCCCCAUUCCCUCCCCUGCUCCCCAUUCCCUCCCCUGCUCCCCAUUCCCUCCCCUGCUCCCCAUUCCCCAACUCCUCCAUCCCGCCACUACCACCCCCCACUCCUCCCCGUUCCGCCCAUCCGCUCCUCCCUCCCCCCCGAAGCUCCUUGUUUUUUCUCAGCUCACCUUCACCCCCUUCCUCGCCCGUUUCCUUUUCGCCCCUCUCCUCCUCUGCUCCGCAGUUCGCCAGCUGACUUUCCCGCGCUGACGUCAGCAAACCGGUCCCCAUCUCCGCCACUCCCCAGAUCCGCGCAGCAGUCCCCCUCCCCCCCGCGCGCGCGCCCCCCCGGCGGCGCCUCCGCCAGCCUGCUGGGGGACGCUGCUGCGCUGGCGCGGCGCAGAGCGAGGUUUGGGGAGGUGGCGCCGGGGGAUGGCGCGGAGGAGGGGGGGGGGGGCGCCAAGGACGGGGGGACGGGCGGGGGAGGGGGAGACGGCGGGGGAGGAGGGCGGGGAGGAGGAGGGGGAGGAGGGGGGAUGGCGGCGGGCGGGGGAGGGGCCACGGAGGAGGGGGAGGGGGGAGGCGACGAGGCGGACUGGCAGCUUGCAGAGGCGGUUGUGGGAACGUGCCCUGACAUGUGCCCUGGUAUCACAGCAACACAUGUGCUCCUAGUAAACCACCCCCUCCUUCCUUUCCGCCUUCCCUCCUCCUCCCAUCAUUUCUAUCCUGCACUCCUUUCCUCCCCUCUCCCCACCUGCCCUCUUCCCCUCCCCCUCCACCCCCUUCUCCCCUCCUCUCGUCUACGCCUCUCCCAACUCCUCCCCCCUUCACUUCCCCUUCCCUCCUCCUCGUUCCCUCUCUCUCCUUCUCCACUCUCCAUCCCUCCUCCUUCCUCACCCUCCCCCACCAGCACAAGAGAGGGAGGUGAGGGAGCGCAGCGGUGCGCUGGACGUUAUUCCCGUGCGCCCAACAUGGACCCCUCGUUCAUCCGCCCCAUGCCCGUGCUCCACACCACCAUGGCGCACAUGCUCUCCCUGCUGCACCUCCCCUUCCCCCCUCCGCCCUCCGCGGCCAAGGGGGGCGCGGAGGAGGGGGAGAUGGAGGGGGAAGGCGGGGGGGAGGAAGCAGGGGGGGCGGGGGGACCGGGGAUGCGGCUGCUGCUGCUGCACUCGUUCCUGUGGGAUCGCAUGAGGGCUGUUCGCGCUGACCUGCGCAUGCAGCACCUGUUUGGACGAGAGGCGAUCAACAUGCACGAGCAGAUGGUGAGACAUGGCUGCUGCCUCACGAGCUCUGUGAUUACCCCACGCGGGGACUCGUUCCCAGGGGCGCAUUCUCCUACCUCUCUCCCCCCCCCCUCCACGCUCAUCUCCCCCACCCCCUCACCCUUCCCCCACCUCACCCCCCAGGUGCGGUUCCACAUAGUGGCGAUGCACGAGCUGUGCGAGUACCCCAAGGGCGAGGGAUUCAGUGACGGCUUUGACGCGCACCUGAACAUCGAGCAGAUGAACAAGGCGUGUGUCGACCUCUUCCACAUGUACCACGACCGCCGUGCUGACCUUGAGCACGCCCAAGCGAUGGCGAGCGAGGGCGAAGGCGGGGAGGAGGGGGAGGUGGGGGAGUUGGAGGCGUGUUUGGCGCAGGAGGGGGAGCUGAGAGGGUACUACCUGCUGCUCAAGAUCGACCGCCAUCCAGGGUUCAAUGUGAGUCGGUUGAGCCGGCAGAGUUUGCGAGGGAGCUCUCUCUCCUCCCCCACAUCGUCAGGAGCAGCCCCCAAGUCGUCUUUGCUCGCUCCGUUGCAAGGCAAUGUCGUUCAUUCUGUUGCUCAUGCCAACGGGCAUGUCUCCAUGUACCAGCCUUCUCCGCUUGGCGCCUUCCUCGAUGCUCAUUUUGUUUCUUUGUCUCUUGUCUCUGCUUCGCGCGCUCUUGCUUUUCACCUUCACCUUCUCUCCCCUUCCUCCCCUUCCUCCCCUUCCUCCCCUUCCUCCCCUUCCUCCCCUUCCUCCCCUUCCUCCCCCUCCUCCCCCACCUCCCCUUCCUCCACGUCCUCCCCGUCCUCCUCUCCCCUCCAUCCAUCCACCCCUCUCAGGGCGUGUCGAACGCACAACUUUGUGGCGUUCUUCCGCUUGGCUCGCCAGGCCACCUACCUGCAGGCGUGCCUGAUGCACGCGCACUUCAGCAAGGGCGCUGGCAGCGGUGUAUGCAUCCAUUGCCCUCUCCCUCCCCCAUCUCCUCCCCUCCAUUCCCCCCCUCCCCCUCCAUUCCCCCCCUCUCCCUCCCCCCCGUUUUCCCACUCCCUCCCUUCCCCCUCUCCCUCGUCUCAGAUGCGCUCCAGGGCGCUGGCAGCGGUGUAUGCAUCCAUUGCCAAGGGCCAGCACCUACCAGCUCUCACACUCGCACACUGGCUCGGCAUGGAGGUACGGAGGGCAGGCUCGACAUGGAAGUAUGGGCUGCUGGCUCAGCAUGGAGCAAGAGCCAGAGAAGCUGCAGGCUCUCGUGUAGCACCACGGCCUCGGAGGAAAGCUGCAAGCAAGCAAGCACUCAUCUUCCCUCCUCUUCCCUCCCCCUUUCUCCCCCAUCUUUCCUUUCCCCCCCUCUUCCCAUCCCCUCCCCCCCCCCCAUCCUGGCACCAGCAAGAGCCAGAGAAGCUGCAGGCUCUGGUGGAGCACAUGGCUUGGGAGGGAAGCUGCAAACAACCACUCAUCUCCCCUCCUUUCCCCUCUCUCCCUCAUUCUCCCCCAACUCUCGCCCCCUCCCCCCCACCAGCAAGAGCCAGAGAAGCUGCAGGCUCUGGUGGAGCACCACGGCUUGGCUCUGCACCCCUCAGACGCCCCCGCAGAUGCCACCUACCCAGAUACAGCCUCCCCCGCGUCCGCCCUGCUGGCCGGGAGCUGCCUGGUGAAGGGCGCCCCUCUGAUGCAGGCUGGGACGCCCAUGCCUCCCUCCUCGUCUGCUCUUGUGCACAGCAAGCAGAGCCGGUUUAUUGA